UUGCGGCGCGGGGAGACCGUGCCGUCUCGCAUCCGAAACACCCUCCCAUCCGAGCUGUCCUUGGCUUCUCCGGUUUAAACAUGACGAAGACUGUUUGUCUAAUAGGUUCAGUCUGUGAGCGCUCGGCUAUCGGAGCCUGAAGGGCCCUGGAUCCCCUUGCCCCGUCGUGCCGUCGUCCCCCCGCUAUCCGGUUUUGUGAUGGCCGCGCCGUGGCUGCCUCCCUGGAGUCCCUCAGGGCCCUUUAAAUACCGCGUUGCGCUGGGGGGACGCUGGGUUUGGGGGGGUUGUUGGACUGGUGAGUUUUCGAGGUGAUAGUGCUGUGCUCGGUGAGGGGACGCCCAGAGAGCCCUCACGCGGGAUCACUCCGUCGCCGUUCUCCUCUUGUCUACGUGCUGGACCCGGGAUUUCAUGCAUCACCCUGACAGCCAGUGGAAAUUGCCUGAUUUGAAGAGGCCCAGGACCAAAGAUACCCAGUCAUGUGUGGAUGAAGCUUCAAUGCCAUUUUGUGAGAGGUUGAGGGCCCCAGAAGGGGAAGCACAGUGACCUGCUAUCGUGUUGGAGGCUUUGCUUGGAGUCAUCUUCAGUCUUUUCUGUUGACUUUACCUUUGACCAGUGAUUAAAUUCUCCAGGUGCUACCUUUUUACCCACACUUAAGUGACCCAAAAUGCCCUUCAAUGGCGAGAAGCAGUGUGUGGGAGAGGACCAGCCAAGCGAUUCUGAUUCUUCCCGGUUUUCCGAAAGCAUGGCUUCGCUCAGUGACUGUGAGUGCUCCAGGCAGAGCUUUACAAGUGACUCCUCCAGCAAAUCCAGCUCUCCUGCUUCAACAAGCCCUCCAAGAGUUGUAACAUUUGACGAAGUGAUGGCUGCAACAAGGAACUUAUCAAACUUGACUCUUGCUCACGAGAUUGCUGUAAAUGAGAAUUUUCAAUUGAAACAAGAGGCCCUCCCAGAAAACAGUUUGGCUGGUCGAGUGAAGCACAUUGUUCACCAGGCCUUCUGGGACGUCUUGGAUUCAGAACUAAAUGCUGACCCUCCUGAGUUUGAACAUGCCAUCAAACUGUUUGAAGAAAUCAGAGAGAUUCUUCUCUCUUUUCUGACUCCCGGUGGCAACCGGCUUCGCAACCAGAUCUGUGAAGUUUUGGACACAGACCUCAUUAGGCAGCAGGCUGAGCACAGUGCUGUUGACAUCCAAGGCCUGGCCAACUAUGUCAUCAGUACGAUGGGAAAGCUGUGUGCUCCUGUGCGAGAUAACGAUAUCAGAGAGUUAAAGGCUACUGGCAACAUCGUGGAGGUGCUAAGACAAAUAUUCCAUGUCCUGGACCUCAUGAAAAUGGACAUGGCCAAUUUUACAAUUAUGAGUCUCCGACCACACCUUCAACGCCAGUUGGUGGAAUAUGAGAGAACCAAGUUCCAGGAAAUUUUAGAAGAAACUCCAAGUGCUCUUGAUCAGACUACAGAAUGGAUAAAAGAAUCUGUAAAUGAAGAAUUGUUUUCUCUUUCUGAGAGUGCUUUAACUCCUGGGGCCGAAAAUACCUCCAAGCCAAGCCUGAGCCCUACUUUGGUGCUAAAUAAUAGUUACUUGAAACUGUUACAGUGGGAUUAUCAGAAAAAAGAAUUACCAGAGACACUUAUGACAGAUGGAGCACGUCUUCAGGAACUGACAGAAAAGCUGAAUCAAUUGAAAAUUAUUGCCUGCCUGUCCCUAAUUACCAACAACAUGGUGGGUGCUAUUACAGGAGGCCUGCCUGAACUUGCAAACAGGUUAAAAAGGAUUUCAGCUGUUCUACUCGAAGGCAUGAACAAAGAGACCUUUAACUUGAAGGAAGUCCUGAAUUCUAUUGGUGUUCAGACUUGUGCUGAGGUUAACAAGACCCUGAUGGAGAGAGGUUUACCCACUUUCAGUGCUGAAAUUCAAGCUAAUCUUAUAGGUCAAUUUUCAAGCAUUGAAGAGGAGGACAAUCCUAUAUGGUCCUUGAUUGAUAAACGAAUUAAGCUUUACAUGAAAAGCCUACUUUGUCUUCCAAGCCCUCAAAAAUGCAUGCCUCCUAUGCCAGGAGGCCUAGCUGUCAUUCAGCAGGAGCUAGAAGCCCUAGGCUGUCAAUAUGCAAACAUUGUGAAUCUUAACAAACAAGUGUAUGGACCAUUUUAUGCAAAUAUACUUCGAAAGCUGCUCUUCAAUGAGGAAGCCAUGGGGAAGGUAGAUGCUUCACCUCCUACUCACUAAAGAAGAACUGACAUUGGAUGAGAGAUUGGAAAUCCAGCACUUUGGUAUCCAGUCCACUUCCAUUGAUGGCAUUAGAGAUCCAGCACAUUCUCAGUACUGUGGUGCAGUAUUAGCCCAAAUCUGUGUAAUGGGUAAUAUUAGCAUUACAGAAGACACACACAUCACAUAGACCCUCAGAAGACACAAACAUCACAUAGACCCUAUUUGUGCAUCAUUUUCAAGUUUAAAACAGACAUUUGUAAUGAACAGAAAACAAUUUGUAAUGAACUAUAUUACCUGUAUAAUACUUGUAAAUGUUUUCUUAACCAUUUAUAUUUGGCUUAUGACAUUCAACCCAUAAGGAGCUGUUUUUCUCACUUGUCAUUAUCAAACCUAAUGAUUUUUAAUUUUGGUACAACUCCUUAAAGGGUUGAAGGUUGUGAGAAUAACUGAGGGAAUUGAUGUUCUGAAUAAAUGAUGUGAAGUAAACAUAAUUGUAUUUGAAAUGUACAAUUACAUUUUAUUAAUGUGUUAACAGAAACUUACAAAGUAAGUCCUCAAAUUACACAAAUGUACCAAAUCACACUUUAUAAUACCAAUGGUCAGUAUUUAUUUAGAAUUUGAAUGUAUUAAGUACAUUUUUAUGCUACAUACAAACUUUAGAUAAAACCUCCCUUGUUUGUUUAGUGAAAAUAGAAGCAACUCCCUUCUCAAAGUAUUCUAGAAGUUUGUUUCUUCUUACAAUUUAUCCUGCUCUCCAAGAAAAACAAUUUUUGCACAAAUCUCUUAGUGAAUGUCCUUGCAUUUCUCAGGCCAUUGAUAAGGUUUAUAUAAGAAUUUAAUAUUUUUAUGUGAGGCAGGGCUCAUUUGGUUUACUUGUAAGAAGAAGAAAGGCAGUCAAUGAUACCCGUUCUCCAUGAAGUUCAUAUCUGAAAAAGAAA